AUGGGACCUUUCCCACCUCAGUUCCCUCGUCCAAGCUUCAUCGACGUGAUGAAUGCGAGAGGUCGUCCUCGACGCGAGGACCAUGUCCUCCAGUUGGCCGCCCUUUCCAUCCUCGCUUCUGCCCAUCCAGGAGAGGAACACGAGGAUGUGGAGGAGGCUGAGGUCGUAGCGCGUGAAAACGCGAUGCAUGCCCGCAACCUCAAGGCUCGGAACUGUGCAAGUGCCAUCGCCGACUUCGAGCUCAGGCGUCGAAACGCCCGACUACCUUUCGCAAAGAGGCAGGCAGCAAGCACCUCAACGUCAUCGGCUGCUGCUCCGUAUUACACGAGUAUCCAGAACACGACCUGCGUAACUGCUCCGGAAGUCACGGAAGGGCCGUAUUAUAUCAACAACGAGUUCAUUCGAACUGAUCUUCGUGAAAAUCAAGCUGGUGUUAAGCUUAUCCUCGACAUUGGUGUGAUUGACACGACGACAUGCGAGCCCUUCUCAAAUGCUUUUGUAGAACUGUGGCAGGCAAACGCAACAGGCGCCUAUGGAGGCUACGUCGGCCGACAAGGUGCCCCAACGAACAUCAACAUCGACACCUUCCUGCGAGGCGGCUACUUCACGAACGACCAGGGCAUCGUCGAAAUCACGAGCAUCUACCCCGGGUAUUACACUGGCCGAACGGCACACAUUCAUACAAUGGUCCAUAGGAACGUAGAGACGAAUCCGAACGGAACUGUUAUCUCACAGUCUGGCACCUUGACUCACAUCGGUCAAUUCUUCUUCGAAGAGAGCUGGAACGAUGAGGUCUACGCUCAAUCACCGUAUACCUCCAGCACCCAGACGCGCCUGCGUAACAGCGCGGACAGGAUCCUUGCACAAUCAGGAGGCGUUGCCUUCCUCAACCUUCAACGCCUCGGUUCUACGACCAACGACGGUUUCCUCGCUUACAUUACCGUCGCUGUGGAUGGAAGCCAAUCCUACAACAUUAAUAACGCUAACGCCCUCCGAGGAACCCUAACCAGUUCGCCUACUGGCAACGCAGGCCCAAUCUCUACGUCUACUUCAGGAACGUCGACGGGUGGAGCAUCUGCAAUUGUCGGCAGCAUCUCGGUCGUGAGUUUGGGAGCGUUGAUGGGGUCGUUGGCAUUUUUCGUUGCUUUGCAAUUGUGA